AUGUUUAAGAAUUUAAUUUUAUAUCCUAGGAUAUUGCAGAGAAAAAAAAACAUGCUUCAGCAGGUCCAAAAUAUGAUGACAACUUCUGGUAACAUCCGAUGCACCUACGGCGCUUGUACUGUGGCCCGGUAUAGCUUGCUAAGACGUGAUAAAUCGCAACACAUUAUAAAGUCUACCUCACUUCCUGGAAAUUACUUGAAAGAGAUAAAAAAAGUCGAGAAACGCAUAUCUCCUUUCUACCUCGCCCUCAAUAGUCAAAAUCGACGUCUAUAAUGCCACGUCAAUACCAAAGACAUACUAAUCGGCAGAACUGGAGUGAGGACGCUACUUCAAGACCGCUAGAAGCAGUUAGAAAUGGAAUACCAUAUAAAAAAAAGCUAGUAGAGAGUUUGGUGUUCCAGUAAAGUCGCUAAAAAGAAGAGACAAGGGUAAAAAUAAAAUCGAGGUUGGCGCAGUUGAGGCAUUGGGCACUAGAAAAACUGUGUUUACGCCUGAGCAAGAGAAUGAGCUUAUUGAGCACGUGGAAGACAUGGAAACAAGAAUGUAUGGGCUAACCAAAAAAGACAUUCUCGGUUUGGCUUACCAGUUGGUCGAGAAAAAUAAAAUAGCACACCCAUUCUCAGUUGUAAAAGAAACAGCUGGUGCGGACUGGUUGAGAGGGUUUCGACAACGGCAUCCCCAUAUAGUUCUGCGUAGUCCGGAAUCAACAUCAGCUGCUCGUGC